CGGGUUAGGCCCGAAGCCUGUGGGUCGGAGUGAGUGAGUAUCCGGGACGUCUCUCCCCGUCCCCCCGUGUGGGUGAGCACUGAGCUGUCGGUGGGACAGAGAGAGAGAGAGGGCGAUGAUCUCUCAGCUCUUCAUCGUGUCGGCCCGAGGAGACCACCUCAUCUACAAGGACCUUCGAGGGGAGGAGUCGAAGGAUGUGGUCGAUAUUUUCUACCAGAAGGUGAGGUCUUUGCCCCGAGACCAGGCCCCUGUUGUCAUGCAUCACCAGGGCCUGCAGUUUGUUCACAUCCGACAGGACACGCUCUACCUGGUGGCGACCACACGUUGCAACGUCUCUCCAUUCACUGUCGUCCAGUUCCUCGUCAGGUUGGUCAGUCUCAUUAAGGACCACUGCGGAACUCUGAAUGAGAAGACGCUGCAGUUAAAUUUCGCUCUGGUCUAUGAACUGCUGGAUGAAAUGUUGGAUUAUGGGUACAUACAGACCACCUCCAGCGACAUCCUGAAGAAUUUCAUUCAGACGGUGCCAGAAACGUCCAAACAAUUCAACCUCUUUGAACUCAGCAACAUCGGCCUGUUUGGAGCAGACACCCAGCAGAGCAAAGUGGCUCCCAGCAUCGCUGCAAGCAGACCAGUGUUCGCAAUGCGCACUGAAGAGGGGCUGAAGACGGAAAUCUUUGUGGAUGUCAUUGAGCGACUGACAGUGGUCAUCGGAGCCAACGGCAGUUUGAUGAGGGCGGAUGUUCAGGGAGAGGUGCGGAUGAAAUGUUUCUUGCCCAGCAGCACAGAAAUCCGAAUGGGGUUGAAUGAGGAGUUUAGCAUCGGGAAAGCCGACAUCCGAGGAUACGCAGCUGCCGUCAAGGUCGACGAGUGCAGCUUCCAUCAGUCGGUCAAUCUGGACGAAUUCGAGAGCGACCGGAUCCUGAGAGUCGUCCCUCCCCAGGGAGAGCUGACUGUGAUGCAGUAUUCGUUAUCGGACGAUCUUCCCGUCUCUCUCCCGUUCCGACUGUUCCCAACUGUGGACAAGGACACCGACAGCAACCGUCUCAUGGUGUAUCUCAAACUCAGGUGUGAUUUGUCUCCAAAGAGUCAAGCUUUGAACGUCACUGUGCAUCUCCCUGUGCCCAAAGGGACAACAAGUCUGUCACAGGAGCUAAGCAGUCCCGAUCAGCGUGCAGAGCUGGACUCAGUCACUCGGUCUGUGCACUGGACCAUCCCACGUUUCCACGGAGGUUCCCAGCUCUCUGCCCUCUUCAAGCUGGAGGUUCCAGGAUUAAGCGCCUCGUCUCUGCUGGAGCUGGGUCCCGUCUGCAUGCAGUUCGAGCUCCCCAUGAGCACCUGCUCAGGGCUGCAGGUUAGGUUCCUGCGUGUUUCCAGUACACAUCCCCCGCUGCCCCAUCGGUGGGUCCGCUACGUCACACACAGCGACUCCUACGUCAUCCGCCUGUGAACGGGAAGGAGUGGGUGCCUCCUGGGUCUGCAAAGUGGUCUCAGCUGAGGGGGCAGCUUGACCGAAACGUGAAAUGGUCUCUCUCUUCUGGAGCGAGGACAGCCCUGGGUUGCUUCAAGUCAGCACCUCAGGUCACAGCUAUGAGGGGAGCCUCUCCAACACACCUUGUCACUGAUGCAGAUCAUGGUUGACCUGUACCAUGCCAAAGACUGUGCUCAACCAUGUCUGAAUGCGAUAUGGCAGGGGAUGGAGGGAGGAGAUUUUUCUAAACAAGCUUACAAAUAAAAACGUGAGAUGAAGUUGUCAGUA